UUCUAUAGGGUGACGCCCAUUCAUCACGUGUCUAUAGCAGGUCAUCAACAUCGUGGGUCAGAGGUCAGCAGAGCACGUGGUCAGCGCUCUGACUGUGAUUGGACGAGGAUUGGGGCCAGAGAGCGUCCAGUGUUUGGCUUUGUUUCGUACUUCCCGCAUGCGGGUGGUUACUAGGGUAACACGGCAAGAUGGAGGUACCGGGACAGCAUGAGAUCAUCAUCCCAGCCCGCAGCACAUCCCCCACCCCUGCCAUACAGCCGCCGCGGGGGAGAGAGGGAUCGGGCUGCGUUCUGUGCUCUCUCUGCUUGUCCGGCCCCGGGAAAUACACGUGCCCGCGGUGCAACGCUCCCUAUUGCAGCCUGGCAUGUUACACGGGGGCGCGGCACACCGCCUGCUCCGAGCUCUUCUACCGGGAGUCGGUGCUGCAAGCGCUGCGGGAGGAGAAGGCCGAUCCCCGGGAGAGGAGGCAGAUGGAGGAGAUGCUGCUUACACUGCGGGAGAGAGUGGCUGCUGUGGAAACUGCGCCCGAGCUACGAGGGGUGAUUGCUGGAGAGGAGGCAGACUUGUGGGAUAGCCUCACCCCCCAGGAGAAGGAGGACUUCCGCCGGCUGGUACAUAGCGGGGACAUCGGCUGUCUGGUUCCUGAAUGGAAGCCGUGGUGGGACAGUAAGGAGAGGCAUGGGAAGAUAACGGAGCUGCCAGAGCCUGCAGGGAGCCCACAGACGCCGAUGGGAGACCAGAUGGUCCCUAGUGAUGCUGAUAUAGUUCAGGGCGAUCAGCCAGUCUCCUCUCAGCAGCAGUGGGCCACUGAUCAUCGGCUCCGGAGGGGGCCCCUGAAACACGGGUUAGUGCCAAGCUGUGACCCUGAGAAGUCAGGCGCACCCACCUGUGCCGCUGAGCCCGCCACUGUCCCUCUGUCUAACCCAAAUACAGGCUGCCCUGGUGCCCUCCAUGUUACAGCGCUCCCUGAGCAUGUGUCCUGUUACCUGGAGGAUGCCCAGACUGGCUCUUCCAACCACACGGGCAGUGAUAGUAAUGAUGCUACUAAUAAGCCCUGCACCCAUCAGCAGGGUGUCAUUAAGAGUGGGGUUCCAGAACGGACCACAAAUAGCGAUAAGAUACAAGAUGUAUCCGCAAGAGCGUGCCCAAGGGUUGUGGACCAGUCCAAAGUCUCUCGGGUUCCUCCUCUUUUACGCUCCAUUCCACCACUGAGCUCGCUCAGUCGUAAUCCUUCACCAUUAGUGCGUUACAGCCUUGUCAAUGUGUUAUACAGCUAUGCCUUUUCCCUUCUGCAGCACAAUGGGGAUCUGAGUGACAAUAGUAUUUUGUUAAAUUUCACAGGAACCUUGCUGUGUGUGUCUGCUGCUCUCACCACCACCAUUGUGUACAACUCCACAGCUCAUGCUAUAAAGAGCGCUGUGCGUGCUGCCUCAGACCCGCUAUUGGGAGGGGAUGAAAGUGGAGCCUGUCUAGCAAUAGCAGCCACAUCUAAUAUUCUACGAGGUGAUGGGAGCAAAAGGUAUUCACUUGCUGCUCUCUCCCACCUGUCCCGUCUGCUGGGAAAAACGCGCAAGCUUGAGGCGGAAGAGAAAGAUAUGAAGACAGCGUCAUUUAAUGCCAAGAAAAAAUGUUUGUUUCUAGCAGCGUGGGUAAAUGAGAAUGAGACAUAUCUACCCAGUCUGUCUGCAGAGGUCAUGACAGAGUCCAAACAGUAUCUUAAAGACCUCAGUGAAGUGGCUGAGAUAUCAAAACAGCUUCAGAAGGCCUGGGGUGGAAAAAGACCACCAGAGAGAAAGAAACUCAUACAAGUAGUUAACUCACCUGGAAGUGAACUCUGACUUGUCAAUGCUAAGCCCUGAGUUAUAGGCAGCUUUGUAACAUCAUAGUAAAUGGUUAUAAAGAAUGGCUUGCCUGGUUGCCACGUAGACAAAAAAAAAAAAUGCACACCCUUUUGCGUGUGUGUUUUUGUUUUUACAGUUAAGAUGCUCCUGUAUCCUGGAUGUCACAUUUUAUAGUUGAACAUUUAAAUAUUUCUUCCAGCUAUACAUAUGUAUAUUUUCAUUGAUACUCUUCUCAUAUCAUUUGUAUCAGUUGAUUUCUUAUAUCUUAAUGGAAUGGAAAUCUGGCAUUUGAAGGGUGAGUUCCCUUGUCACAUUAUGAAAUUUUGUGCUCCUAAUAAAAUUAUUCAAAACUUA